AUGGAAAAUCCUUUGUUAGAUUCAGAUGUGAUUGAAUAUAAUAGCAAAGAUUAUGUUUUAAUUACUAAAAUUAGUAAGAGUAAUGAGAUCCAUAGGAUUUUAAUAGAUGAAAUGCAUCUAUAACUUAAAUUUAUUUCAGAUGCUAAAACCUAUUUCAGAUGUUCUAAUUGCGAUAUUUUGUAUAUUCUAUAAAGCCACAACGAUCUUCAAAUCUCAAUAUUUUAACUAAAACAACUAAAAAAAUAACAAUAAAAUAACUCAGAUAAAUGCUAAUAAUGUUAAUAAUUCAUGAAUGGAGAUUGUUUCAAAAAAUGCUACAAAUGUGAUUCUAAUUAAAUAAUCAGUAUUUAAAAUGAGAAUUCAAGAUUGUUUUGUCAAAUUUGUUUUUCACAGUUGUGCAAAAAUUGUGAUUCAAAUAUAGAAAUUUUUUAAUAAAAUCCAAAUAGAUGUACAUAGAAGAAUCUAACAAACUGUUAAAGAUACUUUUAUGUAAUUUCAAUGAUAAUCAUAUCAUUAAUCUUUUUACCAAUAUUCAUAGUACUAGACUUUAAGAAAUAUAAAUUCUAAUGCUAAUUGUUGGAAUUUCAUUAAUAUAUACUCAGUAAAUAUAAGCCAAUGGUCAUCCUAUUCUUUUAUUAAAUAUUUUUAAUUGUAUAUUUGAUAAAAGUCUUUAUGAUACUAAUAUAUUUUGUAGUUGAUAAAAAUAAAUAGAGAAUUCAUUAUUACUUUGAUUGA